CCGAGUGAGAGGUCGCUAGUUGGUACUACCGCUCUUAUUCUACAAGUGGCGCGUCUAGCGUCAAAAUAAGCGCCUUUUAAAAUUUGUUUUUAUUUUUUUUCGGGGAAUUUUUGUUCGUUCUUCAUCUGGAUUUUUUUGCCAAAGUGUGUUUGACUUGAAGAAAACUUACUAGUUUUAGCUGUGAAGUGUUGAUAGUUGUUAUAAAUUGUUAUAAAGAGCCGACUGUAAUGGAUUGUAUGCGUAUAUUACAUAGCCGAAAUUGGUGACCUUGGUUUGGAUUUCUUUGAGAUGCCAUUGAGCACCGUGUGCGUUAGUACGGUGAGCAACAGACCGCGUCUGUGGUCUUCCCAAACCAACAUUCGGAUCAGGGACAAAGAUGAGCCUCCUCCCUACGCCACCAUGAACAGUACGGAGGAGAUCGCUAUCUACCGCAGUCCGCCCGACUUCUACCCCACCAAGCGCUCCACCCUCAGCUACAGCUACGAUUUUCCCGAAAAAACUACGAAGAAGGAGAAGAAAUGGUCUAUAGGCAGCUUGUUCCGGAGAAAAAAGAAGGAUGAAAGUGAAAGCAGCAGCGAUGAGGACAGGAAGAAGGGGUUUCUGAAUAGGCGUAGACGAAAAAGUGAUGGGAAACGACGAAAACCUAAAACUUUGGGUGGUUUUGACCACGUGGUGCUUUCCAAAGCUCCUGCUUACAAUCACCACGAAGAUACAGGGAUUCUUUCCGAUCCUUCAGGAGGUUUCUCGAAUUAUAUUGGUCGAACUUUACCUCUGAUACCCUCGAAUAACCCUCCUCAAUCUCAGAACUCUUACAACUCGUUUACUAACUUAAAUUCCUCAGUGGUCAGUGUGGGCUCGCUCGGUUCAGCUGACAGCAUAUCAAAGAAGAAAGGAAAAGGUAUGAUCAAAGCUCGAGCUGCCGCUAGAAGAACCGCAAUCAACAACGAAAGCAGUUCUGACGAAGACUCUUCUUUAAGAUCUAAUUCAUCGUUACGUAUGAGAAGUGAUGAGAGUUUGGCGAGACCGAUAAGCGACAAUGGGCAUAGUCGAAAAUCGCGAUCAGCCCGAACUGAGAGAUACUUAAAAAGACACUCAAGAGAUGGAGAGAAUCCUCAUAACUAUUUGAGGUUGUCUAAAUCUGACGCGGACGAUACCAGGUCGCCUAGUAGGAGUCCAAAUUUGCCUAUGGCUGUGAGAACUGACCACAGUAGUAUCGAUUCAUCGAAUAUUUCGGGGCUUAGUACCAUUCCUCCUCCUAGUCACGGAGCUCACGGAAAAUACCGAGUGAGUAAUUCAACCAGUAAUCCCUCCUAUAAGCCUCCUCUUUCUAUGAACGACUAUAACAACAGCCAGAGAAGCAUUUCCUGUGACGCCAACAUUCACAAAGCUCCUUCUUUCGAAGAUAACAACAUCAUGCACGUUCAGUUUCCUAUUAUGAGACCGAGUGCAAGAGGUUAUAGGAAUUUCAGUCUAAUAGACUCGGGUCAGGUGAACUGUGCUAGACAGCCUCCUCAGCCACCUCCAAGGGAUCCGAAUAGGACGGUUGUAUCGCAUUAUUUCGAGAAUAGUAGACCCAAUACCUUCUAUUUAGAUAGUAGUUUAGGACAGACCAAAUCCAAGUCCUUUAACUCUGCGGGAAAUAAGUUUUUACAACCCAAAAUGGGUUCUUUUAACUUCGGUCCUAGUUCUAGAUCAAACUCGGAGGUUCACAUACCUUCAGAUUCAUUUAACCUUCAGGCUACUAUUAGACCUGCUUCGACCACUCCCGAACCAAAACCUUAUCGAUACCUGACUCGUAGGGACGAAAGACAUACCGUGGACGGUUAUAAUUACCUAGCAGAUCGAUACCCAAGAAGUAGAAAACCUAUAGUGAUACAGAGUAGUAGUAAUAAGGUAGAACCUAGAAAAGAUUCCCCCACGCAGAAAGCUAUGGAAUUCUGGAAGCAAAGGGAAGAAAACCAGGUGCCCAAGCCGGUUUCAAAACCAGUCUCGAACAGUCCUCAGAUGUUCACUAGCCAAACUCGAGUUCAGAGCCAAGUUUAUUUUCCUAGUCCUGUUUUGAAUGAGAGUUCGAACUUAGAAGCGUCUAGAGGGGCCAGUCCUUUUAAACCUGUGUCACCCACAGUGAAGGAGAUUCACAAAACCGAGUUAGAAGAUUCUAAUAGGAAAUCGACUAACUUGGAGGAAGCUUUAGAUGAACUCGAAGCUAUUUAUAACAGUCUAAGAUUGGGGGAUGAGAACUUGCUGGACAGAGCUGAGCAAAGAGAGAAAGAAACUCUAAUCCAGAAGGCAGAGGAAGCUAAGAAAGCUAAUUCCAAAGGUAAAAAAGGAGCUUUAAGUGAUUCGAGCUUCAGUUAUGAACCGUUCGAUCAGGUGGAUGGACCUAAAAAGAAGAGACUGGUACGCAGAAGCAGGAUACCGGAUACCAAAGAGGACGAUAUGUAUAACAGAAAAUUAGUGAGGGAAAAAGCCGUCACUAUCAGUGACCCACAGUCUGUCAUAUCCAAAGUAAGUUACUUGCUGUCGUCUCCGAUUCAGGCAGCUUACGAUAGUGAAGGCGAACGUAAAAAAGAGACCAAAGUCAGCAAAGAACCAGAUACAACCUUUGAUGACGUGACAUAUAGAAACCUCAAACACGCUCAGGGCACACCUAGAGUCAUUGAAACUCAACCACCUUUCGGUAUUCCUUUAGGACCUGUGACUCCUUCAGCUAACAGUGACUACCUCCACGCGACCCCUGAAAACGUUUACACACCUGUCCAUAAACAAACCAAAAUUCCUGACAUAGUCAAGGACGAUCUCGCUUUCAGAAAUCUCAGAAAGGACUCCAAUAAAGAACCUGUUCUACCUCAUUCGGGUUUGGAUUUGAAUUAUUUGAAAAAGCGACGAGCCGUCAGGUCUUUAUCGGCUAAUAUUGGUAAUAUUCUUGGAAAAUCCGCCAGGAGUAGUGAAGAAGAUGUUGAAAAUGAACUUAAGAAUAAAACUUUGACCGAUAUUGCUGAUGCUAUGGAGAUAGCCAGACAGGUGCUUCAGGAGAAGGGAAAGAAUAUUUGUAAUACUAGAAAAGCGUUUAUGAGUGAUACAGAGGUGAGACCUAACGGUGAUGCUUUUCGGGAGAGUCGCAGGAAGUUUCUUAACGGUUUGAAGAACGCUGAUAACCAGAUGUCUUCUCGUCCACCGAAGGGUUUGACUCCAGAAAGGAAGCUUCAGCGUACGCCUACGAAAGAAUCGACUCCUAUUCCUAAAUCGGCUUUGGAGGAUGACAAAUCUGACAAUUCCUCUUUGGAUGAUUUGCUCAACGCUCUCGCUGAAGAAGCCAAAGUAACUACUGAAAGAAUAACUAAAGAAUUGGAGGAGCUCGAACAGAAACGUUGUAAGAAAGAGGAGGAGGUAGAUUUGAAACCUUGUCAAAAACUUUUGAAGGCUGUCGUUGACAAGAACGAAGCUCCUUGCGAGGUGGUUCAGGAAAUUAAGGUGCAAAUACCUCCUGUUGAGUCUGCUGUGAUCGUGCAGUCUUGUUUCGAUGCGAGUAGUAAAACAAGUCAAGAGUCCGAGCAUGACUAUGAAAAUAUUGAUUCUGAAGAUGACAAAAUCGAUGUGGAUUUGAUGGAGAAGGAGGUGGAGAAGGAGGAGUUCCAAAAAUGCCAGUCGCCGUUCGAAGAGAGAAAACACGAGCUGGUGGCCACGUUCCAGGAGCUGAAAAAGGACAUCGACGACAUCCAGGUGCCGAAGUUCGAAGCAAAAACCGAUUCGAUCUACGACAACAUUGAAACGACGACACAGGAACAGGAAGGUGAGCGUAGCGCUGCAGCUUGUCCCUCAACUCCCUCUAAACAACCCCCUUUAAAGCUGGAAUCGCUCAAGAGCCCGCGGCUGGUGCUGGAGACCGCCCGAAAGUGCACGUCCAGAGAUCUGGACCUCCAGCCACUCCCGGGGGCUUCUAGGAGUCGGGAUGAUCUCGAUGAUUUCGAUGCCAAGAAGCCGGGGGAGUGCUGGUACCACGAUCCGGCCAAGGUGGCGGUGGCGUGCACUUACGGGCUCGCAUGCGCCCACCAGCUGGCUUACGUCGACAUCACCACCGUUCUUGGCUUGCUGUUUGCCGUUAUGUCUUUCGUUGUCGCUUUGUUUUUGUAGUACCAUCAGAGAUAGAAGUAAGUUUGUAUAGAUACGAUCUGAUAUUAGACUACCGAAUACCUUGUAAAUAACGUAAAUCAUGUCAAUUCAGGUUAAAAACAAGUAUUAUUUUCUAUUGAGCUUUUUGGUGCAUAAAACAAAAUAUUUUACCUCUGACAUCACAUCACUUUAUAAGCCUGAAGAGUGUAUCUUUAUUGGACCAUUUUUCUUAUUCAGUAAUUUUAUGUCUAUUAAAUUUAAUAAUAUAUGAAUAGGUACAACUCUGAUGGUACUACAAAUGAAAAUUAACAUUUUGUUUUUCGUACAAUAUUUGUCAUAUCAUUAUUGUAACUAAUAUUGACCAGGCAUGAAUUAAGAAUGAAUAAUUACCUCUAUUGUGUUUUUUUUCGAUUGUUUGUAUAUUUAAAAUAUAGAUGUAGCAUAGAUAGAUUUUGUAUCUUAUUAUCUAUUUUUAAUAUGAUUUGUAAAUUUUUCGAUAAAAGUAUUACUAUUUAUAUUUUGCGGCAAUAUACAGGGUGUUCCAGGCUGA